AUGGCGGACGCGCAGAUGCCAAGAAAUUACCAAAGAAAGACAGAGACUAAAUAUAAAUUAGUGGACUUAGAGAAAGCCAUUGAAGCUGUGAGAAAUAAAAGACUUUCAAUAGGAAAGGCAGCUAUUACUUAUUCUGUACCAAAAAGCACUAUACAUGACUAUCUUAAGCAAGAAAGUAUGAAGACUCCAAAAAGUGGAAGAAAGGCUAUAUUUUCUCAAGAACAAGAAGUUGAACUAGUGGAUCAUAUUUUGAAAUGCAGUAAACAAUUUUAUGGUUUAACUAUUGAGAUGGUCCGCAAAAUAGCCUUCAAAUUUGCCGAAGUAAAUAAUUUAAAGCACAAUUUUGACAAAAAAACCCAUAUGGCAGGUAAGGACUGGUUCUACGCGUUCAAGAAAAGGAAUCCUAAUAUUUCACUUCGUAGACCUGAGUCUACUUCCAUUAAUAGAAUCACUGCCUUUAACGAAACAGAAGUGAAAAUGUUUUUCAAUAUCUUGGAAUCACUGCAAACAAAAUAUCAAUUUGAUACCAAUCGCAUAUAUAAUGUUGAUGAAACCGGCAUUUCUAACGUGCAGAGAAAUUCCAGGAUACUAGCUCCAAAAGGCCAAAAGCAAGUCGGUAUGAUAUCUAGUGGUGAAAAAGGAACUACAAUAACAGUUGUUUGCGCAUUCAGUGCCUCAGGGAAUUAUAUUCCUCCGUUUUUCGUUUUUAAGAGGAAAAGAAUGAAUGCUCAAUUGUUGCGUGGAGGCAAUUCUGAUAUGAUAGCAGCAGUUAGCGAUUCGGGUUGGAUAAAUGAAAACCUCUUUGUUGAUUGGAUUACUCAGUACGAAGUCGUUGAACUUUUCACUAAAGCCUUCAAUCGGAUCAGCAAUAUUGAGAAAGCAGCAAGUGGGUUCCGGGCAGCUGGUAUUUGGCCAUUAGAUACAACAAAAUUUGAUGAAGAAUUCAUAGAAGCGACAUUGCCUGAGACUCAUUCAAUACCCUCGUCAAAUGUUCAACCACCAGAGGAUGAGGAAACACAAUUAUCAAAAGAGAAAAGACCUAUAACACCUGAAGCUCAGUUGAUAAAGCCAUUCAGCCAAGUAUGUCAGUUGGACGAAUCAAUUCCACUUCAGGAAAUUGUAACUGUUCCCCAAAUAUCACAACUUAAAACAAGACAUACUUCUAGAAAGAGGCAUUCAAUUAUAAUAACCAGCACCCCCAUGAAAGAUGCUUUAGAAGAAAAAGAACAAAAAAGAAAGAAAAAAUAG